UGGCUCUGUGAUGAAAAAAGUAUUCAGUACAAUUUAAAAUGCAACAUAUUUUGUGAAUGCCCAUUGCAUAGUUAUUUUAUCAUGAAAGUUUCAGAUCAUGUGGAAGACACUCAAGGCCAUCUUAGAAAUUUCCAUUGCCAGUGACCAGGAUUUGAGACCACUCGGGUUAAUGUAUCCAUGGACUAAACAAGAUGACGACAACAUUAGUGGUAAUUCGUAUGGAACGUAGGAAGGCCACGUAAUUUUCCAUAACUUCCGGUUUCGCAAAAAGUUUUGUUUUCAAAAACACAAAAUGAAGUGGUUCGAAGGAAAGAUACCAGAUGCCAUUCAAAUAUCAAAACAGAAGGCUUCUUUGUUCAUAGUUUAUGUAUAUGGAAAAGAUGAGCUUUCUCAGCAGAUGAAUGCCACCUGGGACAGUGAGGUUGUGUCACAAUAUAUUGAAGAAAAUGAUGCAGUUGCUGUCAAAAUUGAAAGUACAAGCGAAGAGUGCAAAUUCUUUUCACAGAUUUAUCCUGUUGUUGUUGUACCGUCGGUGUUCUGUAUAGGGGAAGGUGGAGUUCCCCUAGAAGUGAUUGGUGGACAUGUCCAGCCAGAUGACUUUCUAACCAAACUGAAACAGGUCGAACAGAUGCAUGCAGCCCAGAAGGAAAGUAAUACCCAACCCACUCCAAACACAGGUCAGCAGGCUACAGCAGCGCCCUCUACCCAGGGGCAAGUAACUCCGACAGCUGAGAGUAAUGGAGCAUCAACUUCACAAGCUGGAGCCAGUGGGGACCCAGCAGUACGAUUAGAAGAGAAAGUAGAGAAAGCAAAAGAAUUGCUGGAGAAAAAGAAAGCAGAAAAAGCACAGAAAGAGUUUGAGAAAAGUAGAGAAGAGGAGAUCAAACGUAGGAAGUUAGGGUCUGAUUUACAAAAACUGAAACAAAACCAACAAGAAAUACAGAUGAAAGAAUUGAAGGAACAAAUGAGAAAGGAUAAAGAAGAAGAAAAGAAGGCUAAAGAAAAAAUAAAACAACAGAUUGCUAGAGAUCGAGAAGAAAGACAGGCAAAGUUUGAGAAGGAGAAACAAGAACGAGAUAAAGCUGCAGAGGAGAAAAAACGUGAGAAACUUGUGGAGCAACAGAGACUGGCUGCUGCAGAGGAGGCAAGAAAAAGCGAAACAGCCAGAAUCCAGGUGCGAUUACCCGAUGGUUCAUCAGUUACACACAGUUACCCUUCAACAGAAACCUUACACAUAUUACACAGUGCUAUCACACAGAAAGUUGGAAGAAAUGUGACACUUUCUACCACAUUCCCAAAACGUCGUUUCACAGAAGAGGAUAUGUCGAAAACAUUUGCUGAUCUUGAACUUGCACCAACAGCUGUUUUAAUUGCCUUACCUAGUGGCGGGACUGCCAGGCAAGCUUCAUCAUCAUCAUCAGCCUUACAGUUUGGUGGAAUUAUCUCCCUUUUGUUUUCUCCCUUUAUUUUCUUAUGGAACUUUUUAUAUUCUUUACUGUUUGGAGGUGGAAGUAGUGGUAACCAACAGGAACUGUCUAGUCAGUCUUCCUCCAGUGCACAGGCAUACACAAGAGUUAACAGACCUACCACAGCCUAUCAAAGACGUACAGGGAAUACUGCAAGACCUGAAGGCAACACGAGACGACUGACAGACUUGAGGGAUGACGAUGAUGAUAUGUCCACAUACAACGGAAACUCAACACAACAGUUGUGAAAACUUGUUUAUACAAACAAUUUUGAUGAUGUGUCAUGGUAUAGCAACAAUUGAACUUAACAAAUGUAUAAUUAUGUGAUAGAAAAAAAAUGUGCAAAUAUUUUAGAAUGCUUUCUGUGCUAGACCAGAAAUCCGAGUCUGAGGACAUAUGUUUCUUUAAUGUAUAGGAGAUAUAAAUGUGAAAAUGUGUUCAUAUUGUUCUUGAAAUCUCACCAACAGGCAGAUGAGUGUUGUUAACUGACAGUUGAUUGGUUAUUUUCCCAUAACAGAUGAUUUGUCAUUGUUAUCUGUGUUUUGAUUUGUUAAUGUUAUACAACAGAUGAUUGAAUUUUAUUGUCUGACUGAUGAGUGAUGAUUAGUUCUGUUAAUUGGUUAUUAUUGUGUAACAGUCAGCAAACAAUUUGGCAGUCAACUUUGUUGAAUAUAUAAACCUAUAAUUGGUUGUAGGUGCUGUCUUUGUAAUUUGUUUUUAUUUUCUGUGUUUAUGAAGCACAACUCAAAAAAAUAAUACUGUGAAAUCAUUUAAUUUCAGGAUCACAAAAUUUUGUGGUUUUAGCCUAAAUGGCUUUUUCAUGAGGAUGUAAACUAAUUCAGAUUUUUAUUGUUUCUUUGAUUAACUUUUGUAGACUUGCUCAACUGCAAAAGUCACAAAAAAUUAAUCCCCCAUGAAAAUAAAUGAUUUAACAUUUCUCUCUGUAAAGAAUUUUAUGCCAUUAGUUUUUUGACUUUAUAAAAUCUCAGAAUAAUUGUUUGUUUCGCAAAUUGCAUUUUAAAAAGUUAGCACCAGAUGUAGUAUUUUCACAUGUAUGUGAAAUGAAAUGUUAAAAAAGAUAAGAAAUUCUAUAAGAAAUUGAUUAGAUUUUCUUUUUCAAAUCUUAAUACAAGGGAUGUGUUUCUGUACUUAAAUAUUGCUAUGUAGUUGCAAGGCUAAUUUGGAAGUCCAGGAUUUCUUUUGCUAACUCAACUGCGUUUUCAUCAUUGUAUGCAGAAUAUAGGAAAUAUUGUAGUUUGGGAAAUAUUUGCAAUUUUUUAUUUUCGCCAGUCAAAAAUAAUGCCAGUUGGUGAAUUCAGAAUAUUCCUGAAUAUUAUUCUUAAUCAUGUCUUAACCUUUAGCCUUCUAUAUUUUUACAAUGGACCAGUCCAUCAUUCAGUUUGGGCAGUACCAUUUAUUAUUCAAAGGGGUGUUCACUGAAAAUUUACUGCCUGAAAAGCGAACAGUGCAGACCACGAUCAGCCUGCUCAGGUGUGCAGGCUGAUCUUGGUCUGUACUGGUUGCAAAGGCAGAAUCACUCACCACCAGCAGGCUAAAGGUUAAAAUACAAACAAAAUUACCUAAUUUGUGGUAUGCAUUUCCAUUUAAAGUAACCUGCCUUAACUAGUGUUCAUUUGUAUUUUACUAUGGGUACACUGACUAUGGAGUAUGUAUUAAACCAUUUAACUUUAAAACUGAAAGUAAAACUGUUUAAAAGAAUUUCUUACAAAUGAGAGAGGGAAGAAACUAUCAGUUAGCUAUUUUACGUUAGCUGUGUAUAAUGUGGGUAAAAGUGUUUAUUGUGCAUUACAAAUAUUUGAUAGCUUGCUAUUUGUCAUGACUGAAAAUAUUUGAUUUAAAGUGUUCGUGUCAUUCAUGUUUUACUAUUUUAAAAUAAGUAUAUGACAAGAUGUUUAUUGAUAUCACAAAUAAAUAGUUCCGUGUCCUACAGCUUUGAAGAAAAUUUGUAUGGAAAAUUGUGUAAAUCUUUAUAGUUCAGUGGGUCUGUAAUAAGGUAUGUGAUAUAUAUAUGAUAGUUCAAAAUUUGUCUCAAGAACUUGAGUAAAUCGCAUUUAUUUGGUGAUAGGUUAGAUAUUUAUGAAAUUCAUCAGUUAAAACUGCAAGAAGAAUUGUUAGUUGCUUCAUGAGCAGAACCUAACCAGGGAGGCAGAAAUAACGAAUGCAGUGCAAGAAAUAAAACACAUUGAAAUGAAGCAGCAGUGAUCUGUAUAUUUUUUACCCUCAAAGAAUGGAUGAACUUUUCAUCUUGAUACAAAGUUUUUCUGUAUAUUUAUACAUUAAUGUUGAAUGAAAGUAUUAUAACAGAAUGUCUGUCUUUGUUAAUGUUGUAUAUUUAUGUCUUUAUUUAUCAAAGAUAAAAGAUGGAUUUAAUAUGUA